UCCACCAUGAAAUAAGAAGAACAGAGAGAGAGAGAGAGAGGGGGAGAGCGAGAGCUUUAGAGUUUCAAAAACUGAGAUCCUUUAGAAAUCUCCGUACGGGAAAAGCUUCAUCUCGAUCUUUAUAGAAAAUGGGCGUCAUGGUCAAUCAUCACUUGCUCGCUAUCAUCUUCGGCAUCUUAGUUUUUUCCUAAUGAAAUGGCAGGAAACGCAAUAUCCUUCCUUGUAUUCCUCGCUCCCGUGCCGACGUUUUAUAGAAUAUACAAGAACAAAUCGACUGAAAGUUUCCAGUCUCUACCGUACCAAGUGUCACUAUUUAGCUGCAUGUUAUGGCUCUAUUACGCAUUGACUAAGCAAGAUGCUUUUCUCCUAAUUACCAUCAACUCUUUCGGCUGCGUUGUGGAGACUAUCUACAUUGCCAUGUUCUUCACUUACGCUACCAAGGAGAAAAAGAUGGCGGCUAUUAAGUUGUUCUUGACGAUGAAUGUUGCUUUCUUCUCGUUGAUUAUAAUGGUUACACAUUUUGCGGUUAAAAGCCCUAGCCUCCAAGUCUCUGUCAUCGGCUGGAUUUGCGUUGCUAUAUCUGUUUCUGUUUUCGCUGCCCCUCUAAUGAUCGUGGCUCGUGUGAUAAAGACCAAGAGUGUGGAGUUCAUGCCCUUCACGCUUUCUUUCUUCCUCACUAUAAGCGCUGUUAUGUGGUUCGCAUAUGGCGCAUUCCUCCACGACAUAUGCAUUGCUAUUCCAAACGUGGUGGGAUUCAUACUAGGGUUGGUACAAAUGGUUUUGUACGGAGUUUACAGAAACUCAGGAGAUAAAUUAGAUAUUGGGAAAAAGAAAAACAGUUCAUCAGAACAACUUAAGACUAUUGUUGUGAUGAGUCCGUUAGGUUUGUCGGAAAUGCACCCAGUUGACGUCACGGUGACCGAACCGGUGAUUCCACUCUCUUACACUGUUCAUCAUGAAGAUCCAUCCAAAAUUACUAAAGAGGAGGAGCCGUCAACUGAAGCCCGACAAGGCCAUGUGGAGACUGCCCCGUCUCGAAUUUGAAGUGUCGUCAAGAUAUUUCACCAAGCAAACACAUAUCUAUCUCACUCACACACUCUCUCUUUCUUCUUACUCUUGGCUCGUCGGCCGGCUAAAAUUAUCUAUUGUUUCGUAUCUUAUAUAUUGUUAUUGAUGUGUGCUUGCAUAAAGUUUUGUGUUUAAGUAAAGUGAAAAUGUGUUCCAAAAAAAUAAAAAAAUAAAGUGAAUAUAUUAUCUUCGCAA